GAAUACAACUGAGUGCUUUAAAGUUAUAUAGCGCUUUGCCCUUCUCAGCACAAAUGUCACGUUUACGCUUAAACUGCUAAAAAAUGGAGAAGAGUUUCAUUAUUUUAUUUUACUGGAUCGCACUUGGUUUUCAAUACAAUGUUUCACAAGGUAAGAAUGCUAAAAGUAUCGCUUACAGCGAGCAUAUCAGGUAGCCGUAUUGGUGAAAGAUUGUAAUUUAAAACGAAUAUUAAGUGGCGCUAACUUCUUUGCUUGAUACUAAAUACAGCUGUAAAUAGAAAAACAACCGAUCAUUAAGCAAUAAUACAUUACAGUAACGAUGUUCGAUUUUUAGCUGGAUUUCCUUUGUAUUUAAAAUACCGGUAGCUCACACACAGCAUUGUUAAUGUUACGUUCUUCUGUAACAUUCCGUUAUUUUGAACAAAUUAAACUUCCAUCGAACACAGUCUGAUCUGAAAUGAAAACUCUUAGCACCAGUGUAUUUAGACAGUUAGAUUUAAAGUUGUUGAUCACAGAAAAAUGUAGCUGAGACGUAAUCUGUCUCGUUUCUAGGUCAAUGAGGUAUUUAAGUAGAUAAAAUGUAUUCCGUCAGUUCAUUGUCAUGAGUGCAUAAGUGAGUGAAAACAAAAUGCCCACACAUGAAAACCUCUCUUGUCAAGGAAAAACAGUGCUAAUGAACAAAAGUAUCAGUUUCGUUUUGUGAUCCCUCGACCAAAAUGCUGACAGCAUGCGUAGGUUGGCUGUAGGCAUUUUAAAAUUUUGACCAUUAGUUAAUUGACUUUAAAAUUGACUAGAAGUGCAUAAUUAAAGUAAAAUUCGAUCUUGUACACGUUAUGAAAUCGAAAAGUUGCCUAAAUUCAACGGUCACGCGAUUGUUCACAUCUACAAUAAUAUUGAUACUAUCAGCUCAGCUGUCAGCUGACUAUGAAUAAUGGGAAGGGGAAAACUGAAAAACAGCGGUACAUUGAAUUAGAUGUCAGGGUUUUGUCGUGGUUUUCAAUUUCGCGAUCCGGAAUCAAAACCCCGGCACGUCUCAUACUUUCACAUCGUUGAUCUAGAAUUUUCGGAACAUUUGUUGUUAAAUUUCUUGCUUGCCUGCCUCUCCUAGGAUUUUCGAACCCACCCACAAUAGUAUAAUUGCCCGUUUUUAACGGAUUUUUACCCUAAAAAGGUCUUCUAGAAUUUUCGGGAGCCUUUUUUCUGGCUGAAAUUUUCGAAAAGGUAAGUUUUGAUGCCUAUAAUUUCGGAUCACUAGACUUUCAGCUAGAAAAUCCGAACAGAUGAAAAAUUUUUAGAGGAUAACUAAAUAUGCCUAUAUCUAUCGUUUAAAUACUAAAAUACGUUCAACAAAGCUGUGUUUUUAAAAGUGGUUUUGAACUAUUUUCUCGUUGGGUGCCCCCGUUUGACUGUUUUUUUCCACUCAUUAGAAGCCUGCUUGGCUAAGUUGAAGCUACCCUAAAAGCUAUUCGUCUGUUAGGAUGUCUCUCAAAUGUUUUUUUUUUCUCACUGCUAUAGGAGAGCUUUACUCGUCUCGAGACUUUUAGGUGGCUUUUUCAUCUCAUCCUUUACUGUUGGUUGAGUGCCCUGACAUCGUGCUGAUCGUGAACAGCAGUAGCAAUCUAACCGCUGAACACAUCAAGCAGCAUGGUCCCAGCUGUUUAUAAGUCUAGUUACUUUAAUAAACCAGAUUAGUGUCGCAUAAGUUCGCAGUUUUCAGAAUAUUAUAAAAUACAUUACCGUUUAAUGAGGGAGGGGGGGACAAUGUUAUUUUGGACCAGGGACAGUGAUUUUAGACACAAAUGGCUUAUUUUUAAACAAACGUCGGAGUAAGCCAUUUACUACUUAGCCAGCCCGGCUGUGUAGCCACUGUUCAACAUUGUCAGUCAAGGAGACAGAAUAUUAGAAAACCAUUUAUCCUUUGAAGCUUCGUAAAAGAAAUAACUUUUAGGAUUAGAAUUGAUCAAUUAUGUCCCCUUCCCAACUAGUUACUUUUAUAAUAUAAUGAUGGCUUUUUCUAGAAAGGCGAUAUAGUGACUACAUCGAAAAAGGGCAUGCACACUCUCCCAGUGACUCCGUUUUAUGCACCAGUUAAUGUAAACCCCGCCCCCCCCCCCCCACCGGCCAGGACAUAGCGGGACAUUUGCGGGGAAUUUUCCGUUAUUUGACGAGGGAAAGGACCGCAGGUAUCGGGGACUUCGACGACUUUUGCACACUUUCCAAGUACAGCGGGGAAGUAGACCGGGGUAUUCCACCUGGGUCAACAAUAGUUGAAAGUUGUUUUUAAACUCAUUCUAUGAAACAGUGUGUUUGUUCACAUUUUGAUCUACAUUUUUAACUACACUUACUCACAUUUAACCCUCUUCUACUAGCAUGUAGAAGUUCUUAUUCCUUGAAAUUUUUUACGUAAAACACCACAAAUAUUUAUACCACUUGAAAAGAAUUGUAUGUGGUGACGUGUGUUACUUGGCAAACACAGUUUAAACUAUUUUCAUUAGCCUGUGUCGUCUACCUUUUUCAACAAGAGCGGGGAAUAUGAGCGGGGUAAUUAGCUUCAAUUAGAAGAAAAAGCUAACCUCGGGGUGCAGGGAAUUUUACAACUUUUCAGCAGUGAGCACUUGUCGAAUGACCCCGCCAUGUCCCGGCCUGGGGAGGGGGGUGCGGGGGUUUACAUUGACAGUUGACAUUGACAGGUGCGUUAUCAUGCAGAUUUACUUGUGUUUAACGACAAUAAAAAUCUUUAGGAUUGACAUCAAGUUAUGCUCAUCUUUUUUGCCAUUCAGGAUUCAUGACUACAGAAUGUCUAGCGUGCUCCAACGGUAAACUAACCUUAUCGGGUGAUGAAGCUUUGAGAAAUGUCGGGGUGACUUCAUCAUCAACUGAGUACUAUUGGAAAGUGAGAUACUCUCAAAAAGACAAAUGGACAGAUGUAAUUUACUGCACAAGUCUCCCGCUCUGUAAGAUGAUAAAACCAGUAUUACCAGAUGGAACAAAAGUGCGAGUUAGUGCUAAUGGCACUUUAAUAACUUUGGUGCAUAGAGCUGGGGGUAACGCUGGUGACCGCGCCCAGUUCUUAUUUGAAGUUUGGCUAGAGAAUGGCGCCAGACGUCACAUCUUUACAGUCAACUUUACAGCCAUCUGUGAGUAUUGCUAG